AUGAACAGAACUCUUCUUGCAAUUCUUGUUUCUUUGUCUCUUGUUACUAUGAUCUCCGCUCGUUUCUCAUGCGGACAUGAUCCAAUUCAAUCGGGAUUCGCAGAGCUUCUCGUCAAGAAUGACUGCAAGGGAAGAAUGAACAAAGUUGAUACCUGCUGUGCUCAACAUACCUCCUGUUACGCCAAGAAGACUCCAAGAAAUGUUUGUGAUGAAGCUUUCUGCAAAUGCGCAAAGAAUGCUGCUAAGAAUUUGCCACUCUGCAAUUUCCAAAUGGACAACUUCUGCAACACAGCCAAGAACUUUGGAGGAUUCCACUUCAAGGGAUAA